CACUAUCCCACCUAAAUGUACUACACACCGUCGUCCAUGGAAAAUCGAAACACAUUUUCUUUUAUUAGCAAAUUGACCCCAAUUCGACGACUUUUGCAAUCUACAGUGGAAAAAAACAAAAAGAAAAUCCAAACUCAAAUUCAAAUCCGCCAACGCGUAUCAAACCUUUUCCCUGCAACUUCGUCUAUCCUUCUCGGCACCUACGCGUUUCUCUCUCCUUUCUCUCUGUGGAAUAGCCUUAUAACCAUCAGUCUACUCAGGUGUUUUGGCCAGGAGCAGGAUGGUGAUGAUGAUUUUGGAGUUGCAGGUCAGGGGGAGAAGAUGAAGAGGUUUAAAUUCGCAAGUGCUGUUAGAGACGUGAUGAGUGAACGUUUGCUGAAGGAGAUGGCUCUAAGGAUGGAACCUUUUUUCCGAGUGCUGGUGAGGGAGGAGGUGGAACGAGCAAGUCGGCUCUUUCUGAACGCAUCUCCUGGACCUUCAAGUAAUCAGAUUGAGUCAUCUGGAGUGAGGAACUGGCAGUUGCAUUUUGCCAGUAAAUUGCCCUCUAAAAUUUUUACGGGCAGCAGGGUAGAAGCCGAAGGCAGUACAUCUGUUAAAAUAGUCAUACUUGAUGCUCGUUCUAAGGAUAUAAUCACAUCAGGUCCCCUAUCUUCAGUUAAAAUUGAGAUUCUUGUCCUCGACGGUGAUUUUGGUACUACCGAUGAUAAUGAAGAUUGGACUGAGAGUGAGUUCAAUACCAAUAUUGUACGUGAAAGGGAAGGCAAAAGGCCAUUAGUGACUGGGGAGCUGUUUGUUACACUGAGAUGUGGGGUUGGUUAUAUUGAUGAUGUCUCUUUUACUGACAAUUCAAGCUGGAUUAGAAGCCGGAAGUUCAGGUUAGGAGCUAGAGCUGUGUCAGGCAUUUCCAAAGAAGUAAGGAUUAGAGAAGCACGAAGUGAAGCUUUUGUGGUGAAAGAUCAUCGUGGGGAGCUGUAUAAGAAGCACCACCCCCCAUCAUUGGAUGAUAAAGUGUGGCGUUUGGAAAGGAUUGCAAAAGAUGGUGCCUCCCACAAGCGAUUGGAUUCUCAUGGGAUUCACAAUGUGAAGGACUUCUUGCGGUUGUACGUAACUGAUCAAUCCUCACUACGCAAGCUGCUUGGCAAUGGGAUUUCAAACAAGAUAUGGGAGAUAAUCAUAGAACAUGCUAAUACCUAUGUUGGAGAUGAGGAGUUGUAUGUGUACUCCAGGGCUGGGGAAAGUCUUGGGGUCGUGCUCAGUUCAAUCUAUAAGAUUGUUGGGUUAACAUUUGAUAGUCAUAGUUAUCAGGCUGUGGAUAAACUCACUAUGCAGGAAAAGUUUUUGAUGGAAGAUUUGAAACGGCAUGCCUAUAAAAAUGUGAAUGACAUUAAACCCUUCCCAACAAGGCCUUUGCCAACCAUACAAACUGAAACAUUCAACGAUCCAUGUCUACCCCUGCACAAUUUCCCAGUCAGACAUCAAGAUCAAUCUGAUUCACAGAUGGGAUUUGACCAGUCACCAUCUUCAUCAUACUAUGACUGGGAUGACAACAAUCAAGAAGUAGUUUCUCUAGCUGCAUGUCAUCCACUGGAAGCAUUGAGUCCAAUGUUAAGGAGCAGUUUCAUACUGAGGGACACUUACACAGGACCCUUCAAUGGGGGUAUUGGUUGGUCUUCAAGCGGGUCACCGGGGCCAGUUAUGCCAAAUGGUCAUUUGGCUGCAGACGACACUUUCCAGUUUCAAACAUCAACUUUAUUUCCUGUUUCUGCCACAUGGGGGCAAGGGAAUAGUUUUUUCCUUGCUGCAAACAAUGAAGCAGAGGUUGGCAUUCUUUCCUCUCACCCCAAUUUUGGCAUCGGUAUGUCAAGGAAAGGAAAACCUAGAGCAAGGUGGUGCAAGAUUCGGGCUGCUCUUAAGUGGGGGAUAUCGGUUAGGCGAGAUGUGGAAGCUAAGAGGAUGAUGCAAAAGCUUAUUUUCUGCUCAACCCCGAUUUGGGAUUAACAUGUGAAGGAAUAGAAAUCUCAAGGGAGGUGAUGAAAGAUCCAGGCAACUACUAGCUAGGGGGACGUCAGUUAGGUGAGAUACGGAGUCUAAGAGCCCGUUUGGAAACUGUUUGUAAGAACAGGUUCUUGUUCUUAAAAACAGAAAACUGUUUUCUAGACUCGAAAACAUGAUUAGUGAUUUUCUAAACUCUAGUUAUUAGCCUAGAAUCUAAAAAAUUUAGGAGUUAAGCUUCUCCUAGAUGUGUUAGCUUUGGUUUUGUAAUCAGCCAUUUUCUUUAUUUUUUUUGCUCUUUCCUUUUGGUUCUAGUCCGACCAACUUGCCUCCUAAUUCAAAAUUUGGAAGGCAUGCUUAAGUGUUGGCUCAACUGGUAAAAGGAUGGGGAGGAUUUGUGGGAGUUCCAGGUUCAAGUCCUAAUGGAGAUAAAAAUUUAACUAUCAAAAAAAGAAAAAAGAAAAAAGGCCACCCCAUAAAGUGUAUGCUCCCUUUGUAAAUUCUCUUAUCCUCUUCUAGAUUUUCCUUUUUGCAUCAAGUGUAAAAGAGUGUUGUUGUACAUUUUGUUCAAAUGAUCAAUAAAAUGUAUCUUUUUUAAAA